AAAUGUGAUACAUCAUGCAGAUGGUAGUUCGUAGCGAAGUUUCCAUUGGCAUGCCUCCAAGGACUACUCGAAGUGGCUCUGCCAUUCGCAAAUCCAUUAUCUAGUUCUACAACUAUAUAAGGCAGGAGGAUCACCCUUCAUAGCCCUCCUUCUCAGCACCAUCGCCAUCAAAGCUCGCACAGCAAAGACAGAGUCCAUCUCUCAGCCUUUCUAUCUCAAUCCAAACCAUCAAUUGUUCUCAAUAUGUCUACCAUUGUGACCACUGCUCCUCCUGUCCAGACCAUGUCUCUCCAGACUAUUUCGCACCAGGGCGCUUCGGAUGAAGAGCUCCUGACGCUCUUCCGCAAAGUGACCAUCGACAGCGCCGAUGGCCACGACGUCUCGGAGAUGCAGAUCAAGAAGGCCUUCCAGCAGAAGAUUAGCCGGCCCCUGGGCCGACAGGUCCUGGAGGCAUCCUUGGCCCAUGCAAACUCAUGCUCGUGCUACCACUGGAACUACCACGACAGAAUCAGCGGCAAAGUCACCAUCAGCCGCGUCGAAUUGUCCUUCGACCUCAACUCCAAGAAUAUGGGCCAGGCCGUCACGGGUGAAGCUUCUGGCUUCUUCAGGCCUAACAGUGCCUAUAUCAAUGCCACCAUCUACUACGACGAUCAGCAAACCCUCCAGGGCAACCAGAGCAUCCAAGUCUACAUGGACGGAAGUAAAUUCAUCAUUGACUUCUACCCCACCGACGCUUCCGAGAAGCCUAUCGCUCGUAUCGUCCAGGAGAGCUCCUCUUUCUGGAUUCCUGGCCCUGACCGUGGCGAUGCGACUUGGUCCAAGUAGUUGCGCUCAGAGCUCCUUGGGAUAGUAUCCAAUGG